AUGCGCAGCUCUGCUCUUCUCCUCGCCUCUGUGGCGUGCUCGACUGCGGCCGCUGAGACUGUUCUCGGUGUCUACAUCUUCUCCCGACAUGGAGAUAGGACUGCGAAGGCAACCCCGCCAUCCGGUCUGACCGACCUUGGCUACGAGGAAGUUUUCACCUCCGGCACCUACUAUCGCAACCGCUACAUCACCAGCGAUGCCACCCGUGCGAUCUUUGGUAUCGAGCCCAACGUGGUCAAGCUGUCUCAGAUCACGGCCUCGGCGCCCCUCGAUACCGUCCUCAUGCCAUCCGCCAUGGGCUUCCUCCAGGGCCUCUACCCACCCGUCGGCGAGACCCUGGGCAGUCAGACUCUCCGCAACGGCACCGUCGUCCAGACUCCCUUGAACGGCUUCCAACUGAUCCCUGUCCAGACGGUUGCCAACGGCGCCGGCAGUGAGAACGCCGCCUGGCUGCAAGGAUCGACGAACUGCGCCAAUGCCCAGAUCAGCUCCAACAACUACUUCAUCAGCAGCCAAUACCAAGCCACCCUGAACCGCACCCAGGGCUUCUACACUGACAUGUAUCCCUUCGUGAACCGGACCUUCACCAAGUCCCAGACCAGCUUCAAGAACGCGUACACCAUCUUCGACCUGCUCAACGUGGCCAGUAUCCACAACGCCAGCGUCCCGCUCCCCAACGAUGCCGACUUCUUCCAGCUGCGCACCCUGGCCGACCAACACGAAUGGGGCCUCGCAUACAACGAGAGCGAGCCCAUCCGCGCCGUCACCGGCGCCAUCAUCGCCGCCCAGGUUGUCCAGGCCCUCAACGGCACCAUCAGCGGCAAGGGCAAGAACGUGCUCAACAUCCAGUUCGGCGCCUACGGCGGCAUGAUGUCAUACUUUGGCCUGGCCAACCUCACGGCCGCCAGCCCGCUCUUCUACGGCGUGCCGGACUACGCCUCGAGCCUGGUGUGGGAGCUGGUGACCAACGCCACGGUUGGCAGCGGCGCCGCGGCCUACCCCUCGGCCGACGAGAUCAGCGUGCGGUUCUACUUCCACAACGGCACCACCUCGAACAUCAGCGAGCCCGUCGAGUUCCCGCUGUUCGGUACCGGCCGCUCCCCGAUCCCCUGGUCCGAGUUCGUCGCGUCCUCGAACAAAUUCGCCAUCGGCUCGCAGGCCCAGUGGUGCUCCGCCUGCGGCAACUCCACCGGCGUGUGCAGCCCCAGUGCGCUGGGCUCCAGCGACUCCGGUACCGUCGGGUCGUCCUCCAGCUCCAGCUCGUCCGACCACCACGGCAGCGGCAUUAGCAAGGCCGUGGCCGGCGUCAUUGGUGCUAUGGUCACCUUGGGUGUCAUCCUCGGUGCGGAACUGCUGAUCAUGUUGGUCGGCGGGCUCCGACUCGUCAGCAAGCGGAGGCUCUCCAGGGCCGGGAGCGGUUCCAGCGGUGGCGUGGGUGAGGGUGUUCAGGCAAAGGCUUAG